AUGGUAUCUAUAUCAAUUAAUAAAUAUUUCUUAGACUACAGCAAUUAGUACAAUAACUACAAUCCAAGCAGUGGGAACAACUACUAGCAGGAAAGCCAGAACUACUAUCAGAAUGACAACAACAAUAACAUUGUUGAUGUCGCUCUUGAUCAGAAUAAUUAUCAAGAAGAAACUCCUUACUAGCAAUAACAAGACAAUUAGUACAAUAACUACACACCCUCAUAUCAACAGCCAACGGAUUAUCAAGGUACUACAUACAAUGACUCAUAAGCAUAAUCUACUCCAUAAAGGGAUGAGGUAUAUAAUCAUCGUAUUUUAUUUCAUUAGGUUGUCGAUUACAAUGCUUACUCUCAAAAUGAAGAGACCAAGAAGAAUACUUAUUCAGUUGUUGAUGAAUAUUAAUAACCAUAGGCAACCAAGAAAUAGGAAGAUCCAGUUAAAUUUGGAAGUUCAGCUUUCGCUUAGGAAAGAAGACAAUUAUUUGAUGAUACACCAGUAGUGAUAGAUGCAGAUGCUGAUAAAGAUUACCCAUCAUAUAAUGCAGAUUCAUCAAAAGUUUAAAAUAACACAGGCUCAUCUUAAUAAGUUAUUGUUGGUAGCGGGACUCAGUAUCAAUACUUGCAAGACUUAAACAAGAUGAAACUCAUUGAUGUGAACUUAGAUGAACCAAUAAAGGAUGAGAUUGAUCCUAGAGUAAAGUAAUUCUCAGUAACUAAUCCAAUGAAAACUGGAGGCCACAUCAAAUAUACUGUGACUGGAGUUGAUAUGGACGGUCCCUUUGAGGAAGUGAGAAGAUUCAGAGAUUUCUUCGCUCUUAAGAAUGGACUAACCUAGAGAUGGCCAGGUAUAUUCAUUCCUGCUCUGCCUGAGAAAAAGCUAGUGGGAAAUAAUGAUGAUAGGUUCGUAGAAGAAAGAAGAAAUUUGCUAGAACGAUUCAUGAAAGAAUUCGCCAAAUUUGAUUAUUUAACUCACUCAAAAGAAUUCAAGAUCUUUGCCAGAGAUAAGGGUGAUCUUGACAAGAUCCUCAACAAUUUGGUUAAGCAAACACCGAUGCAAGUACUAGAAAAGUACAGACUUAACUUUGUCGUCGAAGAGGACUAGCCAGCAUCUUCACUUCAAAAAUAUAAAGAAAAUAUUAUCGAAUUCUAAAACUUCCUCAAGAAGGUUAUUCCAGUAAUGGAAAUUCAGAAAAAGCAGAUCAAGCGUAUGAUAUCCAUUCGUGAUGCUCAAGAUACUAGCUACAAACAAAUAGUUAGUUAACUCUUGAAGUAUGAGGAUAAUAAUGUUGAGUACUACACAGAUUCUGACAUUACUAAAAGAUGCUUGACUAAUCCAGGUAAAGGAGACUUCAAGGAACAGUCUGAUUCAGCUUUCAGAAAUGUUAAGAAUCCCUAUAGAGAUGCCUAUUACUGGGUCAAGGGAGAACUAUUAGACAUUAAGGGCAUGAAUGAGGCACUGAUGGGAAGAGAGCAGGUCGUUAAAAUGUAGUCUGCUUGUGAAGGCAAGAAGAGAUCUGAUUAAAGUGAGUUAGAGAAGCUUAGUCAGGGCAAGACAACCAUCAAAAGCAUCUUUAAGAGUAAGUCAAGCAAAGAAAAUGACAUCUUAAAUCUUCAAGCAUCGAUCGAAGUGGCAAACAAGGACAUAGAGGACUAUAAGAAACUGAUCAACUUCUUAACUAUUUAUCACGGACAAAUAGCUAUCCAGAACUUCAAGAAGCAAAAGGCUGUUAUGUACUUCAAAAUGCUAGGAUAAGUAGGCACCAAGGAGAUCUCUAAUUCUCACUCUGCAGCCACUCUCUGGUACACCCUUAUCUAGAACGAUCAAAAGUGA